AUGUCUAAACUAGCCAUUUGCUCUACAGUUAUUUCAUUUUUCCUCAUUUUCUCUUCCCUUGUUACUAUCGUUGCUGUCGUCAUUGACAUCGACCAUUUCUAUCGUAAUCUUAUCGACGACUUCAAAGAGUUUGACGUAAGCGACGCUAGUUUUCCGAACCGUUUCAGGGAAAAAGUUUUUGUAGAGAUUUGCAAAUGAAGCCUGGGACGAGAUGAACGUGAUGAUCGUCAAAGAAAUGUCUCUCAGGAAAACUCGAGAAGCGAAGAAGGAAUGUCCAUGUGCAAAGAAAAAUCCUUGUCCGAAGGGUCCUCCCGGACCGGCUGGUGAGUUUCAAGAUUUGAGUGACAACAAAAACAAGAUUACAGGGGAGCCAGGAGCUCCGGGAGAUCAAGGAAAACCCGGUAUGCAAGGAAUCAAAGGACACGACUUUCCGCUGUUUCGACCACGAAGUUUUCUACCAUAACCAUCGACAACGGCGCUGCAUCCCAUGUCCAGCUGGGCCACCUGGUGAGAGAGGAAGCGACGGCGUUGCUGGGCCUCAAGGGCCUCCAGGUCUUCCUGGCAAAUCGAACCAUACUGUCGGCCGUCGUGGCUUGCCUGGACCUCCUGGAGAGGAUGGUGACGCCGGAGAUCAAGGCGAAAAAGGAGCUCCUGGAGCACCGGGAACUCCAGGCACUGGAGCAGUACAAGAAGUCGGAGCACCUGGAGCGCCAGGUGCUCCUGGAGCUCAAGGAUCACGGGGAGCUGCUGGAAAACCUGGCAAACCAGGAGCACCGGGCAAGCCUGGAUCGUUUGGAAUUCAUGGAACCGAAGGACGUCCAGGCCAAAAAGGAUCAGUUGGAGAGCCAGGUUUGCUCACGAAUCAGUUUUUUCAGAAGACAACACUCAACUUCAGGCUCUCCGGGUAUUAUCGGACCUCCUGGAUCAGACGGCGCGUAUUGCAGUUGUCCAGAUAGAAAUAGCAAAAUAUUAUAAUUUGAUGGUUAAUUAA